GCGAUUCCUGUGCAACACGGGAAAACCCGCUGUCAUGGCUGCGCGAGUGUUGCUGAGCCUGGCGCUGGCUGGGCUGUGCAGAGCUGAUCAAGUGGAGCUGUAUGGUGCCAAUGGCGAGCGAGAGGAGGUGCUCCCCAUCAGCCCCUCGCUGCCGGCUGGUCUGUGCUCGGGCCAGCGCCCGCCACUCAUCGCCUGGCCGGUGAUGCAGGUGGUCCUGGUCUUGCAGCCCCGAGCGCAGGAUGGGCAGGUGCCCUCCUCUCGGUUCGGGUGGCUGGGGUCACCUCACCUCCAGGUGAGCGUGAAGGAAGACAGGGGCCCGCGAUGGUUUUGCAGGAUCCAUCCCUGGCUCUCUGCGCUGCUGCCGUCACUGUGCAAGGACUGCCGCAAGGGCUGCUCCGUCCGUGCACGGCCCUGGUCCGAGGAUCAGGCAGUUCUGCUGCCACCUGCAGGCGGUUGUGUCAGCAUCACACAGCUGCCUCCGAAGAUUGCGACGCUGCGGGCCAAGUGGGACUGGCACUUCGACGUCUCAGUCUUUGGGUACCUCCUGGGCGGCGCGGUGCUGGUCUUCGCCUGGCGCCCGCUGAGGGAGUCCGUGGCCUUCCACGCGGGGCUCGGGGGGCUGGGCUCGCUGCUCUUCAUCGGGCUGAUGGUUUUGGUGUGGUUGGCACGUAGCGCGCGGGGCACCUUGCACGGCACGGUGCCCUUCGGGCGAACCAUCACCACCCUGGGCGCGGCGGUGUUGAGCUUCGUGCCGGCGGCCAGGAACCUGCUCUUCACCUGGACUUUGAGGUGGCUGCCGGCGGCCCACUGGCAGGCGUGGCUGGAGCUGCGGGACCCCUUUCUGGGUCUGCCCAUCGGCUGGCUGUUCUUCCUUUUCCUGGUCUUCAGCUGUUUGGUGCUGGUCCAUCUGGGCGCCAAGCUGGGUGUGAGGUACUUUGCGUCCCUGCCGGAGCCAGAGGGGGAGGUGGACUUCCUCAUCGGCUCGGACGGAAGGCGGGUGGACCUCCUUCCGUCCACGCCCAUCGCGCAGCGUGUGCUGGGCUGGGCCAUUUGGUCGUUGGGAGUUGCCCUGCUGCUGUGUAGCACUCACUCCGAUAUAUGCUCCUUGCUGAUGACGGCGGGGAUUCUGCUGAAGGACCACCUGGGGCAUUGGCUCAACACCUGGCAGCUCUGGAAGCAAGCCGAGCUCCAGCCACAGGACCUGCACCCUCUCAUCUCAGAGGACCAGAUGAAGGCGCAGGCUGCCGCCAACACGCAGCAGGCCCUGGCGCAACUCCAGCAGUACCUGCGCGAGAACCCCCUCACCGUGCAGAGCGUCCGCGAAGACUCCGAGCUGCGCCUGCGGCGGUUCCGGGAGGACGGCGCCCACUUCCGGCAGCCCCUGGUGCCGGCCACCGAGGACAGAGCCAGCUGCGUGCUGUCUUAGCA